GGAAAAUACUUAUUUUGCAUUUUACUUCUUGGUUUGCUCUAUGCUUGUAAAAAACAGGCUUGAUUCGCUUCAUAGUGGCUUAAAUAUGUCACACUAUUGUUCGUCACAUUCCAGUUUUCUAGUUGAUAGUCUCAUUAACAUUCCUGUACUGCACUCUGAGACUGAGACAUUUGCACACUGUUAAUCAAAAUGCAUUCAAGUUCAUUAACCUGCCACUUGUUUUUUUAGUAUCUGUUAUAAUGCACAUCCUGUUAAUCGCGGAGAGCAAACAAUUUUCAAAUAGUCAACCUCCAGUGUGUUUCAUACAAAUAGCUGCCCAGUGCUGUCUCAGGGAGAGGCCGGCCGUGAAGGUAAAGGUGAGCUGUGGGUCAGCUGUGGUGCUUCAUUAACUCAUUUUUACAGCUCUGCUGCUUCCAGAUCUCUUUCCAGCAAGACAAGGAAAGCUUGUGCGCCGACAUUGUCGAACAUUCGAAUACCUGUCUGUCGAGAUUUUCUUUUAGGUGGCUAAAGACAAUAGGUCGUCUCCUACGGAGAUAGAUAUCGCUCUGUUAAAACUCGCAUUUUUUCCAGCAACUUAGCACUUUGUUCAAUCCGACGAGAGAGCUUGCGGAGAUUUUUAAAAGGAGAUGAGCUGUUUUUGGUGUGUCGUUCUCCCGGCGUUGGGUGGGUACACCCUUACCUCGCUCUACCUGCUGAAGAACCCUCAAAUUCUUCAUAAGAGAAAAUGCACAAGCUUCUAUUGUACACACAUUUCCCACAGAGGAGGAUGCGGUGAGCGGAUAGAAAGCACCAUGGAGGCCUUCAGUCACGCAGUGGCUCAAGGAACGCAGAUGUUGGAACUAGAUUGUCACUUGACGCGGGACGGAUAUGUGGUUGUGUCACAUGAUGAGAAUCUUUUGAGGCAGACGGGUCAUGAUGUCAGCAUGUCUUCAGUCAACAUUCAGGAUUUACCCUUGUACAAGGAAAAGCUCGAGUUGACAUUUUAUCGAGGUCACUACAGCAGUGGUUCCGACAGGGAAUUUACUUUGCUGGAGGAUGUGUUUACAAAGUUCCCAGAGAUGCCAAUCAGCAUUGAGAUUAAAGAGGACAACAGCCAGUUGAUAGAAAAGGUAUCUGAGCUGGUCAAACGCUAUCAUAGAGAAAAGAUCACCGUCUGGGCAUCUGUGAAUUCAAGAAUUUUGAGCAAAUGCCGCAAAACGAAUGGAGCCAUGCCGUAUAGCUUUUCUUUAUAUCGAGGUGUGCUCCUGCUGUUUCUCUUCUAUACUGGCCUACUGCCCUUUGUUCCACUGGGAGAGAGUUUACUCCAGUUCUACUUGCCACGCAUAUUCAACAGAACGUUUAUUCCUGAGAAAAACAUUUUGAGGAGCAGAUUGAUCGUCACUUUAUUAGAAAAAGUUACUAUGAGGAAGAGUCUCUUUAAACAUCUUGCAGCCCGUGGAAUUCAGGUGCAUUUGUUUGUGUGCAACACAGAUGAAGACAUAAGAGCGGCAUUCGAAGUGGGGGCAACAGGGGUGAUGAGUGACUAUCCCUCCCGUCUGUCGGGCUACCUCCUCAGAAACACUCAGAGUAAUUGAUGUCUCCACAUUUGAACACAGUAACUCAUAAAUGGCAGCUUUUUGGUGUGCGAAGAUUGAAAUAGACCAAAAGCAAGAAACUCAUGUUAAGUGUCAGAUCAGUCGGACAAAUCUUUCAGGAUUACACAUUUAGAGUAUGUCUGAUUCAUUUCCAUGGUCUCCACCAAUCAUCCUGACACAGCUCAGUAUUACAUUAAUUUUCCCGAGUAUCAUGACCUCACAGCUCAUUCCUUACGAUAAAGACUGUGAUUACUUUGUCAUUAGAAUGCACUGAAUGCACGAUUACCAAUUGUAUGUUUUGAUGUGAUAACAUAACAAGAAUGAACAAAGAAGCGAAUAUAGAAAGAAAACAGGGUGUUCACUUUGUCAAGGCAUGGUCAAAGUCUGACCACAUUAUUGUGGUACUAAUCAAACAGUCUAGAGAGAGAGAGAGAGAGAGGGAGAACAAAGGCUGUAUUUUUCUGACCCGAUUAGCUAUGCUUUGCAUUGGGACAAGUGGGUAAUGGAAUAUGAAUGGGUCAUUGACGUCAACACUUUCAAGGAGAAAAGGUACUCACUCAUCCAGCAAGCAAAUUCAGCUUUCUUGUGGACAAAGAUUUUAAAAUAUAGAAUGGUGCUUUAUACAUUGCCAAGAAAUAUACAUGUGUAUUGGUUUGUAGGUUCUGAUCAAGAGCCAAAUAAUUUUAGAAAAUGUGGCGUGAAAUGUAAACUGCAAUGAGUCGCUUAUGUAAUGUGGCAAAUAACAACAAAUCACAUUUGUUGAGCAGGUUUCACCUCACGAGUAAGUUCUAAAAAUAACCCACUCAGUUAUGGAACAUUGGGAUUUCUUUGUAAUGUUGUAAAAUUGAUCAUUUAAAAAUAUAAAUACUUGGGAGAGAUUUGUAGAAAUGAAGUGUAGCAUAUUGAAAUGACUACCUUGAUAAAUCAUUAAGAUUGGUGUAUUCACAAACAUGGAUAUUAUUAAUAAUAGCAUAAUUAAAUGUAAUUUGACCAUA